GAAGACCCAGGAAUCGCAGAGGCAAGGCCCUUGGUUCCCACUGCACAGCGUCUUGCAGGCCUGGCAGCACUCCCGGGAGGAAUUGAACUUGAAUUCCGAUCCCCACUUCACCGCCUGCCCCCACAGCUCCAGCUUCUCGAUUCCCCUGCAGCAGCCGCCGUCUCCCCCUUCGCCGUCGCCCUGAGACUGGAGCGUUGCUGCCGAGCCGUGAAAGGGAGCGGCCGGGCUGUUGUUUGGAUUGAGGACUACGGAGAGGAUCGUGUAGACGGCGGCGAAGGAGAAGAAACCGGCGAGGAGGAUGGGGAGAGAGGGGAAGCGGGAGGAUUCUGGGUCGAUCGGACGGCGACCCAUUGCCGGGGAAUUUGAGUUGGUGGAGACGGGAGAAAGGGGGAAACCGAAUGACGAUCGAAAUGGGAGGUGGUGUAGCCAGAAUUUAAUACAAGGGGGUUUCGGUUUGGAAAAUGUCGUGACGUUUUUAUACUUUGAAAAUGUCAUAUCGAGAAUUUUAUUUGUGAUGUAUGAUAUAAAAAAAUAUUUACG